UUCAAAAACGUAGGGGUUUUCCAUGGAGAUUCUUGCUCAACCUCUCUUGAUUAUUGCACAUUUGCUCACCUUCUCAUUCACUCUUGUGCAUGGAAUUGGCACAAUAAAAUCAUGCAACCAAACCCCAUACCCCAAAACAUGUAACCACUUCAUGAUUCAAACCAACCCCAUGUCAACCCCGGAACAAAAUUUAUUCACUUUUCGUGACCAAUCCCUUAGGGUUACCAUGAAUAAAGCCAUAGAAGCUCACCAUCUUGUCUCUUCCAUGGACUUGACAUUGUUUGAUCAAAGAGCCAAAUUAGCCUGGCUUGAUUGCUUGGAGCUCUUUGAGGAUAGUGUUGAUCUUAUAAAUCGCUCCGUUAGCACAAACAGCCCUUUUGAUUCCCAAACAUGGCUAAGUGCAGCCAUUGCCAAUCACCAAACUUGCCAAAACGGGUUUAUUGAGCAUUAUUUCAAUUCAUCGGCUUAUCAUUUAAACUCACUUCCAUUCAUGCUUAGUGAUUUCCAAGAGUUACUUAGCAAUUCAUUGGCAAUAAACAAGGCGAACGUUGUAGCUCCAGAAACCAACGGACGGCGGAGAUUACUUGUCAAUGGCUUCCCAACAUGGGUUUCCGCGGCUGAUCGAAAGCUCCUCCAAUCAAGGCCAGGCCUUGAAGGACCAAAGUACGACGUGGUGGUAGCCCAAGAUGGCUCUGGCAAUUACAAGACCAUUUCUGAAGCUGUGGAAGCAGUCGCCAAGUCGAGAAAAGGGAGUACAAGAUAUGUCAUACAUGUGAAAGCCGGUGUUUAUAGAGAAAAUGUAGAGAUCAAGAAAGCUGCCAAGAACUUAAUGAUUAUUGGAGAUGGAAUUGAUGCUACAAUUGUCACUGGUAGUAAAAAUGCUCAAGAUGGCUCCACAACUUUUCGCUCCGCAACUUUUGCUAUAUCAGCUGAAGGCUUCAUUGCACGGGACAUAGCCUUCGAGAACACUGCGGGGCCACAAAAGCACCAAGCAGUAGCCCUUCGUUCACGCUCUGACUUCUCAGCCUUCUAUCGAUGCAGUUUCAAGGGUUACCAAGACACUCUGUACGUCUACUCUCAACGCCAAUUCUAUCGCGACUGUGAUAUCUAUGGAACCAUUGAUUUUAUAUUUGGCGAUGCAGCUGCCAUGUUUCAAAACUGUAACAUUUAUGUUCGUAAACCAAUGGACAACCAGAGGAACACCGUCACCGCGCAAGGAAGAUCUGACCAAAAUGAGAAUACAGGCAUAGUAAUCCAUAAUUCACGAAUUAUGGCAGCACCGGACCUGAGAGCCGUACAAGGUUCAUUCAAAACUUAUUUGGGUCGACCAUGGAAAAAGUAUUCGAGGACAGUGUUUGUAAGGAGUUUUCUUGAUGGAUUAAUAGAUCCACAAGGUUGGCUUCCAUGGAGUGGGGAUUUUGGUUUGAGUACGUUGUAUUAUGGCGAGUAUAUGAAUACCGGGAGCGGCGCGAACACGGAAGGGAGAGUGAAGUGGCAUGGAUUUCAUUUGAUAACAAGUGCAACAGAGGCCGGGAAGUUCACUGUUGGGAAUUUCUUGGCCGGUGAGUCUUGGAUUCCGGCCACAAGAGUACCUUUUGAUUCUGGUUUAUAAUGGAAUAAUCAUCAAAGUUAAAGUGAAACUGUAAUGUAAUGCAGUUGGUGUACAAUCAAAUUGAAUUAAUGAUGUCGCUUAUUAA